UUUCAAUAGUAGCUCCCCAACUUCUAAGCACCCAACAUGUUGCUACUGUUUCUUCUCGGUUCAUUAACCAUCGUCUUCUAUAUCUGGCAGAGGCGUACCUUAUCCUUUUGGGCACGCCAUGGAGUGAAAUACAUCCGCCCGUUGCCCAUUCUAGGCUGCACCCGCGAGUUCUUGACCGCAAGAGUGCCGUUCUUCGAGCAGAUCCAAAAAUUCCACGAAGCGCCUGGCUUCGAGAAGGAGCCCUUCGUUGGAGUCUACAUGACCCAUCGUCCGGCACUUGUCAUUCGCGAUCUAGACCUGAUCAAGACGGUGAUGAUCAAGAAGUUUCAAUACUUCAACAACCGCGCCCUGCAAACUGACCCGCACAACGACGCGCUUGGCUACAACAACCUCUUCUUUGCACGAAGCCCAGCUUGGAGGGAAUUGCGCACAAAGAUCUCUCCGGUUUUUACGUCUGGCAAGAUCAAGCAAAUGUAUCCUCUAAUGGUGAAGAUUGGAAAGAACCUGGAGGACAGCGCCGAGCGUCUAGGCAGUGGUUCGGAAGUCCAAGUGAAGGAUCUGUGCGCCCGGUUCACCACUGACCUGAUAGCGACAAUUGCCUUUGGCGUAGAGGCCAACGCUUUGCGGGACGCCAAGAGCGAGUUCUUCUACCACAAUAGGGCUAUAUUUUCGCUGACCUUGAGCAGGGGCAUUGACUUUGCCAUUAUUUUUAUGAUCCCGGCUCUGGCGUCACUGGCCCGUGUGAAACUCUUUUCUAGGGAAACCACUAAGUUCAUCCGGUCCAGCAUCAACUUCGUUCUAAAGGAGCGCGAAAGGACAGGCGAGAAGCGAAACGACCUCAUCGACAUCCUUCUAGCCCUAAAGCGCGAGGCUGCUGCCAAUCCGGAGAAGCUGUCGAAGGUAGUUGACUUGGACUACUUAGUUGCCCAGGCAGCUAUUUUUCAGACCGCCGGAUUUGAAACUAGCUCGUCCACAAUGACGCUGACGCUUUACGAGCUGGCCAAGAACGAGGCUCUGCAGGACCGUCUGAGGCAAGAGAUCGUUGACUUCUUCGGUGACGAGGACCAUAUAAGCUAUGAGCGUAUCCAGGAGAUGACCUACCUAUCUCAGGUUGUCAACGAGACACUCCGCAAGUACCCGAUCGUGGGCUAUGUAGAACGAGAGUGCUCUCAACCGGCGGAGGGUGAGCGCUUUAACCUCGAACCAUUCCACAACAUGGAGCUGCCGCACGGCAUGUCCAUUUACAUGUCCACUUUGGCCGUUCAUCGUGACCCCCAGUACUGGCCGGACCCCGAGAAGUUCGAUCCGGAGCGCUUUAGUUCGAGCAACCGCGAAAAUCUUAACAUGGACGCAUACAUGCCGUUUGGUGUUGGUCCGCGAAACUGCAUUGGCAUGCGGUUGGGUCUGCUUCAGUCCAAGCUUGGACUUGUGCAUAUUUUGCGCAACCACCGGAUCCACAUGUGUGAUAAAACCAUCAGGAAGAUCGAGUGGGCUGCAACUAGCCCGGUUAUUGCCUCAAAGCACGAUAUUGUCCUUCGAUUGGAGAAGGUUUCCGGGAACAACGAUAUCGGGCAAAAGUUGUCAAUGAAAUAGAAUUUGAGAACUCGGCAACCGCCCAAAUAAAAAAUCAAAGAAGAGAGAA